AUGGCGAGCUUUACUGAAUCGGAGAGUCAACAGUCUACUUUGGAAUACUCCGCCGUUGUGAUCGACACCGAUGAUGAGGAAGCUAAACACGCGUCCAUUGAUCACCACGAUGGGAAAGAAAAUACAAUACUUCCAAAUUCUGGUAGUGGUGCUAUCUUACCUCCGCCGGGAGAACUUAACUAUGAUGACACGAACAGAACGUGUUCUUUUACAAGUGGGAACCCUUUUUUCGAUUUUGUAAAUACUACAUCGGACAGUGGCGAAACUUAUAGAUACUCCUCAUUGUCACCCAGUGGUGGCCGAGGUUAUUGUUAUAACAAAAACACAUUGGAUGCCUGGGACGAUGAUAGCUUAUCCAUCCCAUCCCCGUCUUUACCGGAUAUUGGGGUCAAUGCUUCUAAAGUGAUAUUAGGCGGUGAGUUUGGAAAUGAGGAAGACAAAACAAGUUCAGCCACUAUGCCCUACCAGUUUCCUCUUGGCAUUGAUGCAGGAGGUGAUGGAGAUACCGAGGGGGUUACCCAGGGAACACGCACACAAAAUGAUGAUUCAUUUGAUACUGAUUUACAGCAGUUAGCAAUAAUAUUUGAGGAGGUUGAUGUGAAUUUUUUGCGAGAUAGACUUGUCAGUCUUAGAAACCAUGCUAAUCGAGUUACAAUAAUAACUAAUGAAUUGUUAGAGGAACAAGAUGACCAGCACUCUAUGCAUCCAGAUGUCAAUGCUGGUGGUGAGGGAAAUAAUGUUACAUUAUCUGGGGAUAGCUUUGACAGUGUUUUUGCUGAUGUUGACAAGGUACUUGAAACUUUAAAGUUAGAAUAUAACUUGGCUCAGCUUCCUGAUGCCAACGUGGUCUUUGCAGUUUUAGAAGAGCAUAAAGAUCCGACCACCAGACGCAAAGCAACUAUUGAUUUUUUUGUGAAAGCUACUUCUAAUGAGCCAAUGAUUGUUGAAACUGUGGAAACUACUCAGCAAUUACCAGUUGGUGAAGCAGAUCAUGAUCCAUUAAUUGACGACUCUGACUGGGACGAUCGUCUGGCAAUCUUCACACAUCAUCCAUUUUAUUCAGACUUGAAAGUAGUUGCUAAGGUAUUUCCACAUCGAGACCCGAAUGAAAUAAUGGCGUAUCUCGAGGCUCAUCAUGAUAAAGAUCAUCGGAGACAGAUUGUUACUGAAGAACUACUUGUUUUGGAAGGCGUUGGUGAUAGUCAAGGUAGUGUGGAAGGUGUUAAUAAACGACAGCGAUCAGUUGUUGUUGAUGAUGACGAUGAUGAUGACGUGGAAUUUAUUGGUGUUAUUAGCAAAAAGGUAAAACAAAGUAAUGAUAAUAAAAAUGAUGAAAUAAUCAUUCAGGAUGAAAACGUGACAAAUACUGAAACUAUUCCUGAUGAAACAACUGCACAGCCUGUUACAGUAUUGGAGCAGGAUUUUUUGACUAUCAAAGGCCUUAUCCCGGAUGCUGAUCCAAACUACAUUUAUAACAUGUUGGAAAACAUGAAAGAAAACCCUAACCGAGUGCCUGAUUUGGCAAACACCAUGCUUGAAAAAAGAGACUACCCAAAAUUGAAUGAUGUUAUCAAAGAACAGCAGAGGAUUGCAAAGAAGAAGCAAAUAAUGGGAGACGAUUUUAACUUGGUGGAAUUCAUCAAAUUAUUUGAAAACCCAACAGAAUAUUUUUAUAACGAGGACAAGCUGAUGAGUGAUAAUUAUUCCAAACAUGUGAAAGCAAAACUGAUGAACGAGUUUCCUGUGUUUACUGCAGAAUUUAUUCUUCUAGUGAUGAAAAAACACAAUAAUCACUUGACGCCAACACUGAGGGAGCUUGAGCAGGAUCAGCAACAAGAGUUUGCGAAGGUGUGCAAUUAUCAGUCAAAAGGCCGAAAAUACAAAGGUUUUCAGAAUCGAAAAAAGUAUCGACUGAAGCCGAGGACUGUACAAGAACCAUGGCCAGAGGAACUGGAUGAGAUAUUUUUCAAGGAGUUGAAGUUUGUUCAACAUGAGAGGGAAAUACAGAAUAUUAUUGAUGAAAGAAACGUUCAGCGAAAUGAGCGAAUCGAAGCAGCACGUGCCAGUAAUUCACUUCUUGAAUGUGGCUGUUGUUACGAGGACGAACUCUUGUCCGAAGACAUGGUGUCCUGUCCAAAUGCUCAUCUCUUCUGUAGAAACUGUGUCAAAAGGUCAUCUCAGGAAAUUAUAGGUCAAGGUCGUAUAGACUUCCCUUGUCUUUCACCAGAAUGUGAUAGUAUGUUCACAGUGACUGUGCUACAGAAAGUCUUACUCCCCUCAGUUAUGUCUAAUCUCCUCAAGAGGAUUCAGGAAGAAGAGAUCAAGAAAGCAGAUAUACCUAAUCUGGAGACGUGCCCGUUUUGUACGUUUGCUACCAUAAUGGAUAAUCCAGAUGAUAAAGUAUUCAAAUGUCAAAAUACAGAAUGCUUGAAGGAGUCUUGUAGAUUAUGCAAGGAACUGAACCAUAUACCAUUGAGGUGCGAAGAAGUAGAAAAAGAAAAUGAAACUAAAAAACGAACAUUUAUUGAAAACCAGAUGACUGAGGCAAUGUUAAGAACUUGCUGGAGGUGCAAGAAAAAGUUCUUCAAAGAAGAGGGCUGUAAUAAAAUGACCUGUAUGUGUGGCGCCUCUAUGUGUUAUAUUUGUCGGCAACCCAUCAAAGGCUACGAACAUUUUGGAACAGCGCCGGGACAGUGUCCCCCAACACUGGAUAUUGAUCAUCGUAUGUUUCAUUUGAAAGAGGUGGCCUCAGCUGGUGAGAAGGCCAAGGAUGUUUAUAAAAAAGACAAUCCCGAAGAAUCUGAAGUCGAUUUAAAGUAUGACCCCAUGAAAGAUGUUACUAAAGAUUUGGAAACUACUGGUGGUAAUCAAAGAAGGGCAUUCGGUUUGGGACCACAAGGUUUUCAGUUUGGUGGAAUAGUACUGCCACCUCCUCAUCCCUUUCAAGUGCAACGCUUUCAGGGUGGAGCAGGAACCGGAGUGCAAAUCAUUGCUAAUAAUACAGGAGUGCGUGUGGUACAAGGUGGUAUGGGCAUGAUAUUCCAGGGACCUAGACCUGCUGGCAAUCACAUAGCUCAACAUGCUUUUCAAUUUGGUGGCAAUCAAGCUGCUGGUCAAGUUUUACAGGAUCAUGAUGGUUUUCAUAUGGCUGGGCAACCAGCACAGGGAAAUGGUAAUCAGAUAGCUGGGCUACAACAGGGUGGAAUUCGGAUAGCUGGGCUACAACAGGGUGGAAUUCAGAUGGCUGGGCUACAACAGGGUGGAAUUCAGAUGGCUGGGCUACAACAGGGUGGACUUCAGAUGGCUGGGCUACAACAGGGUGGAAUUCAGAUGGCUGGGCUACAACAGGGUGGACUUCAGAUGGCUGGGCUACAACAGGGUGGAAUUCAGAGGGCUGUUCAGGACAAUGGGAACCAGGUAGCAGCAGCAGUACCACAUAAUGGAAUUAAUAUUCAGUUUGCUAAUCCAGCACCAGUAAAUCCUUUUCAUGAUAACAAUGCCCAGAAUGGAGUGGCCAAUGCUAAUCCUGCUGCCAGAGCGAACCAGUUUAGAAAUUAUAUUAGGGAAAAUCGUAGGGUGCGAAGAAGGCGUUGA